GCUCUGGUGGCUGAUACUAUAGUCUUGCCUUGGAAGAGCGAGCUAGUGUGCUUUGGCAUCUAGUGCUAUACUUCCAGCGAUUAUCUUGUUGUUCAGCGCACAAUAGUAUCUGUGCUUUUCCUGAACAUUUUUUUAUUUAAUUUUUUCUAUUUGGUGGAUUUAUUGAACAUCUGGAGAUGAGCCGGAGGGAAUUGCGGCGGCUCCAGGAGGACCAGCGAACAUGGAGCCGCCAAGGAGAUCAUGAUGAGUCAUCCCAGACAGUGUUUGAGGAGAGGCUGCGGUCUGAGCGACGCAGAGGUGCAACAAGAGCUGGUCAGAACACCCAGGAACAUCCAACCAGCGGAGAAACAUCUUCUCGGCUGCAGAGACCUCAGAGGGAGCACAGACACCGAAGCCGCUCUCCUCUUCCUACUCCUCCGGUAGCAACAACGGACAGACCAAGCUCAGAUCCUCGCCCUGGUCCAAGCUCCCAGCAACCAGCUGAGAAUGAGCAGAGUCUUCCAGACAUGGUGAUUGAGAUCAACGUGCAGAAUCUCCCGGCCAUGAUGAUAGAGGUUGUCGAGGAGAAUCUCCCGGCCAUGAUGAUAGAGAUUGACGAGGAGAAUCUCCUGCCCAUCUUGGAAGAGCUCUACGGAGUCCCAAUGACCAUUACUGCAGAGGAAGCAACACAAUCGUGUGUUAUCUGCCUGAUGGAGUACGAAGAAGGGGAGCGAGUGAUUGUCCUGCCCUGCAGCCACAGGUACCAUCCAACCUGCAUAUCACAGUGGCUUGAAACAAAUCUCAGCUGUCCUGUGUGCCGCAGAGAGUGCAUCCCGAGGCCGAUCGUGUUUUGGAUCUCCUGAGUACGGCAGGAAGAGGAAGAUCUAAAUCACCAUCUUCUCUCCACUCCAUACCAUCUCCUCCACUCUGUCCAGUUCCAUCAGACAACUGCUAUAUCUCCUGUACUCCUACCACCCUCCUGCGGCCUAGGCUGGACAUAUCCACAGACUCCAUCACCACACUGGGCCUGAUUUAGGUCCCGACGCUGUAGCGGAGCAUACAGUCAAGUACUGAUGUUCGGUACCUUGCACAUGUGCCGGACCCAUGCAUGUGCAGUACAGGUCUAUGGCGUUGGUCAUACUAUGGUAUUAGAUUAUCAGUGAUUGACGGUCUGAUGCCGCGUGAGGACGGGGAACGGGCGGUAACAGCCUCAGUUUCUCUAAAUGGAUUUGUGUCGCCGCCGUUGUUGGGGAGGGAUGGGGUUAGGAUCUCCGUCUGAGGUUGGAGAUUUCCUGCCCCUUCGUAGUAGAUAAGGUGGCUGACUUGCGUGACUCCUUGGGUCACACGGCCUGCUUCCAUGUAAGCAGCGCGAUAGCUCCGUCCACAUAUGAAUCAGGCUCACUGUGCACCUACCGGCCAGUGGCCAUCUUCUGUCUGGCACUGGGGGAAUCCUAUGCAUAGCCCACAGCCAUCCUGCUUUGGACAGGAUAGUCCCACUUUUCGGGAACUGUCUGGCUGUCCCACCCACGGGGCACACUGUUCCGGGGUGGUGGGGAAUUAGGGGGGGCACUCUCACCCCUGCUCUGCAUAGCAUAGAUGCCAUGCGCCCAGAAUCCACCAGGGCCUGAUUCAGAGAUGGAUGCAGAUCAUACAGUAGCUGCGUCUAUGAAGGCAGCUGCUGAAUGAAAAUAUAUAAUGGCCAAGGAGGCGUCUUGUACAAUCAGACAUCAGCUGAUGUCUUCUCUGAUCCGCUGCUGUUCUAAGCAUUGUACCAUCUGCAUGAGCAUCGGUCAUCCGAGUAACCCUCAGGCCUCUUCACGCCAAAAAGAUGGGUCCGACAUCAGUGGCGGAACUUGAGAGUGGUGGGCCCAGGUGCAAAAAUAUGCUCUGGGCCCCCCUCCUCCACCUGACGGGAGAUGCAGUGGGUGACAGCGGGGAGAGGCUGUGGGUGAUGGGAAGAUGUAGAGGGAGACAUUGGAAAUCAAAGGGUGACAGCGGAAGGCAGAGGGUGAUGGGGAGCAUACGGUGACAGAGGAAGGCAGAGGGAGACAAGGAGAGGUAGAUGGUAACGGAGAGGCAGUGGGUUGGUUAUAGCAGAAAGCAGAGGGUGACAGGGAGAUAUUGACAUGGAGAGGGUGACAGGGAGAUAGUGGGUGAGAAGAAGACAGUUGGUGACAGGGAGAUAGUGAGAGACAGGGAAAGGGUGACAGUGAGUGGCAGGGAGAGGGUGACAGGGAGAUAGUGGGUGAGAAGAAGACAGUUGGUGACAGGGAGAUAGUGAGAGACAGGGAAAGGGUGACAGGGUGAUAGUGAGUGGCAGGGAGAGGGUGACAGGGUGAUAGUGACAGGGAAAAGGAGGCAUUAAGAUAAUUGAUGACAGGGAGAGGGUGGCAUGGAGAUAAUUGGUGACAGAGAGAGGGUUACAGUGACAGGGUGAUAGUGAGCGGCAGGGAGAGGGUGGCAUUAAGAUAGUGAGUGACAGUGACAGGGUGAUAGUAUCAGGAAGAGGGUACAUGGUGAUAGUGACAGGGAGAGGGUGGCAUAGAGAUAAUUGGUGACAGGGAGAGGGUGAUAAGAUGACAGUGACAGGGUGAUAGUGAGUGGCAGGGAGAGGGCAACAGGGUGAUAAUAUCAUGGAGAGGGUGACAGAGUGAUAGUGACAGGGAGAGAAUGGCAUGGAGACAGUGGGUGACAGGGUGAUAGUAUCAGGGAGUGGGUGACAGGGUGAUAGUGACAGGGAGAGAGAGGCAUGGAGAUAGUGGGUGACAGGAUGAAUGUGGGUAACAGGGUGAUACUGAGUGGUAGGGGGUGGGUGGCAUGGAGAUAGUGGGUGUUUGGGGAGGCAACAGAGAAAAGCAAUGAGGUGGCUGCAGACAACGUCAUACACAAGUUUGCUUACAUUACUUCUGUGUCCAGGUCCAGAUAAGAUCAGCAUCACUUGGCUGUGAGAUGGGCUGGGCUGUCUCUACAUACAGUGGCAGGGAUGGACUCCAUCCAAUCAUCUUGGCCGCAAUGCAGGGGUGGAUCUAGACUUUACUUUUAGGAGGGGGAGGAUUAAUUUUCUAUCCUGACUCCUCCCCUUUCUCAUGCCAACUUCUCCCCUUAACAGUGUCUUUUACGGUGACCUGUGCCAAGCGCCCAGCAUCACUCCUUAUAUGCGGCUCAGGCCUAUGGGUCUGCCCACUUGUGGGCGCUAAAACUUAUAGGGCCUAGCACCCCCUAACUGGCCGCAGGCCUAACUUUUAGCAAUGGGCCUAGUGCCUGCCUACCAUGGGGCAGGUUGGGUGACCUGGGCCUAAUGCCCUGAUUCGCCUUAUACACCUACGGGGGCCACACUUAACUGAUAGGGCCUAAUGCCCUCUGUCAUGCCCACAGGCUUAAGCCUGAACUGAGCCACAGGCCUAGUGCUCAAUCUCUGUGCCCUGGGCCAAAGGGCCCGCAUAGUGCGCCACAUGCCUAGUGUCUGAUUUGACCCCAUGGGCCAAAUGCCCGAAAUCUGGUGGUCUAGUGGGGAAGGGGGUGACUUGUGUGCCUCACUGAGGGCCUACCUACCCCGUUGGAGAAGCACUUCCCGGUCCUCAACUUCUGUCUUUGGCCGCCGCCCCUUCUCUGCGUUCAGCCGGAGCUGGAAAUCUUCUUUCUUGAUGGCAGCGUAUUCAGACCUCUUCUGCAGCCUCAGGAACUGCCAACUCCUCCCCUUUACAGUGUCUUUUACGGUGACCCGGGCCAAGCGCCCAGCGUCACUCCUUAUACGCGUCUGAGGCAUAUGGGCCUGUCUACUUGUGGGCACUUAAACUAAUCGGGCCUAGUAUCCCCUAACUGGCCACAGGUCUAUGGCCUGACUUUUAACUUUGGGCCUAGUGCCUGCCUAUCAUGGGGCAGGUUGGGUGACCUGGGUCUAAUGCCCAGAGUCGCCUUAUACACUUACGGGGGCCACACUUAACUGAUAGGGCCUGGUGCCCUCUGACAUGCCCACAGGCCUAAGCCUGAACUGAACCACAGGCCUAGUGCUCGAUCUCUGUGCCCUGGGCCAAAGGGCCCGCCUAGUGCGCCACAGGCCUAGUGUCUGAUUUGACCCCAUGGGCCUAAUGUUCAAAAUCUGGUGGUCUAGCGAGGAAGGGGGUGACUUGCAUGCUUCACAGAGGGCCUACCUACCCUGUUGGAGAAGCGCUUCCUGGUCCUCAACUUCUGUCUUUGGCUGCUGCCCCUUCUCUGCAUUCAGCCGGAACUGGAGAUCUUCUUUCUUGAUGGCAGCAUAUUCAGGCCUCUUCUGUGGCCUCAGGAACUGCUCCCGCGGCUUCCUCUUUGCUCUCCGGCCACCGUGAUCCCUUCUUCUUUCUUCUAUGACGUCCGUCUUCUUCGGCUCCCAGCAGGGGCAGCCCAGCAUCUCCAGAAAUGCUGGGCACACCCCCAGAGUGUUGCCCCUACCCAAGCUCCUGCCAAUCCUACAGGGGGUUUCUUAAAACAAACGUCUAUCAGACAUCAGUGCUUAUAACACUGUUGUCAUCUUGAUAAAGACGCUACACAGCGUCGAAACUUGUAGAAACAGGGUUUGAUAUUGGCCUGACAAACAAAAUCCAUAUUUCUGGACCCACUGUGUAUUGAUACCCAGGUUACAUCCUCCAGUGGAUUGUAUAUAACAUCAUUAUGGUACAGUUGUCUUGUUCAAUUGUAUCUAUUUAUCACUUCUAAUAAAUACUUUUGGAUUUUACGGUUGUUUCUGGUUCCAUAUAUAUGUUAUGAGAGACAUCAGUCCCUAUCAUUAUCCAGCAAUAGGGACUAUAGAAGUCCAAAGAAACCUUUAUGUGCUUUGCAUCUAUUUGUUGCAAGUAAGCAUACAUGUAAAAAUCUGCUCAAGUUUGCAUCUAUCACCACUUUGGGUGUCGACGUAAAGGAAUGCGAGACUUAUAAUUGGAUUGGGACUAUCCACACAUUCUUCCCUUCCUUGUAUCACCGACUGGUGGAGCUGUGUUUAUUUACAGUGUUACACUAUUGUGUGAUUUUAUUGUUUCUAUGUGAUUACCAUCGAAUAUUACAUAGUUUGACUUUCUAUAUGUUGUUAUAGGUUGGUGACCUAUUUUGUACUGUCUCGUGCUGCUUCAUUGUGUAGCGCCUUAGGAGGAAUUGUUUAUUGUAUUCUUCGGCUCCUGCCUGGCCUCUGACGUCAGAUGGGGGCGGUGCCUAGGAAGCAAAGAGCGCCGAUUGGCUACAGCAGAGUAUACUAGGGCGCCUGCUGUGGUUUCUCCUCCCCUUUUGUCCGCCUCCUUGGCUUCAGCUUCGGGGGUGGCUUUAACUUCUUUAUCAGAGAAGAGCUGAGAGGAUGAAACUGUUUUCUCGGCGGAGGCGUCGGUGGCUGGUCAGCCUGAGACUACAUGUUAGCCAGACUAAGGGAGGGCCCAAGGGAUACGUUACCCUGGACCCCCUCGCCUCUCAGGGGCCUCCCUUGCUGGACCAAUUUUGUUUUUCAGAGAUGUAGUCUCCAUCUCUGCAGCGGCCGAGGCCACCCCCAGGCACAAUCAGAGUGCCUACCUAGCUGCUCCUUACAGAGAGAUCUGAUCGUCAGAGCUCUCUGCAUUGGAUACAUUACACCCAUACAGCUGAGGCUGGGAGCUACUGAGCAUGUGCAGCAGCAGCUCAGCUCACAUGGACUCCGGCAGUGACUCUCCUCCUCCUCCUCUUUUGGUUAAUUUUGUAGUUUGUGUAUGUGUCUUUGUAGGUGUGCGAUGUAUGUAUGUAUGUAUGUAUGUAUGUAUGUAUGCUGUGUGUGUGUGUGUGUGUGUAUGCUAUGUAUAGGUAUGCUGUGUGUGUGUGUUUAGGUAUGCUGUGUGUAUGUGUGUGCAUGCUAUCUGUGUUUGUAGGUAUGCUCUCUAUGUAUGUAUGUAUGUAUGUAUGUCUGUUGUGUGUAUGUAUGUAUACAUGAAACGUGUUUGUAUGCUGUAUGAGUAUGUAUGCUGUGUGUGUGUGUGUGUGUGUGUGUAUGUAUGUAUGUAUGUAUGUAUGUAUGCUGUGUGUGUAUGUAUGUAUGUAUGUAUGUAUGUAUGUAUGUAUGUAUGUAUGCUGUGUGUGUUUGGAUGCAUGCUAUAUAUAUAUAUAUAUAUAUAUAUAUAUAUAUAUAUAUAUAUAUGUGUGUGUGUGUGUGUGUGUAGGUAUGCUGUGUGUAUGUAUGCCAUGUGUGUGUGUAUUCAUGAUAUGUGUGUUUGCAGGUAUGCUGUGCAAGUAUGUAUGUAUGUAUGUAUGUAUGCUGUGUGUGUUGUGUGUAUGUAUGUAUGCUGUGUUUCUCACAGCAAUUUCUGCUUGAUUGCAAAAAAUGGGGUAGCCUCCCGCUGGCAAGAGGCUCGCUGACAUUUUUCUGAUUGCAGCAGUUGUGAGUAACAUGACGCAGCCGCCCUGAUCACGCCCCCGUCACACACCCUAUUUGCGCCACUGCAUCCCUGCAACGCUCAAUCUCCACCUAGGAAACAUAGUGUUGCCGCCCAACGAACGCCUCUGUCUGAUUGACAGGCAGCGGUGUUUACAUUUUCUGCAUUCUUGCCGUUGGAUCGUGAAUAGUGAUCCAACCUGAAUUAGGCCCAUAGUCCUCAGGGCGCCCCCUUGACUUCCCCAGACCCCCGUAGCUUUAAUCUGGCUCUGAGAUGAGGCACCGGAGAAAUCAGAUGAUGAUGAUAGAUCUUCCUCCUCCUCUUCACUGUCACCUUCUGCUACUUGCGCGGUCAGGGCAUAGAAGCGUUCUGCUAAGUAUGCUAGACAAGAGGCGGUUAGGUGCGAUUGGCUAAGCUCCGGCGGGUUUAGAUAGUUUGCGCAGGGCUUAGCAGCGUUUAGGCGCAUGCAGUACUUGUGUUGCGCUGUUGGUCUUGUACGUCUCCCCCUGUCCUCCCUACUCGGGGAUUAGCUACUCGCCACUGUUGGCAGUGGGAGUUUAGAGGGAUUUAACAAUUUUUUACCUGGACUGACGGACUUAAUUCGGCUUAAUUAUACUUGAUUUGGCUAAUUGGAUUUUAAUUAUAUGUCCCUCAGCAGGUUUUAAGUUUUACCUCUAGCCGAGUUUACUUGUGUGACCCCCCCCCACCCCACCCAUUUAUUUGUUUUACCUCCUAUCCUAUUGUAUCUAUAUGUUGCUUCGAUUGGCCUGAAGCUCGUUUACAUGGAAUUUCCAUGCUAUUUUUUUUCUUUUUGGCAGAUCUUCAUUUCAUUAUGUUUCCAACAGAACUGUUUCUAUUUUCCAUGUCAAUCUGAGCUUUUUCUCUGGUUCUUUCCGUCCCUUAUAGGUUUGCUGGGCGAUAGGCGCAAGGAUCGCGUAGCUGGCCGCUCAUGUCUUCUGCUCGGCUAGGUUUAUGGCUUUAAGUUUACGCCUUUAAAGCUCAUUUAAAUAAAUAGAUAACAGUUUCUGCCAAA